AUGUCUUCCGGACAGACCUUCACUCUCAGCAACGGCGUCAAGAUCCCCGGCGUCGGCUUCGGUACCUUCGCCAACGAGGGUGCCACGGGUGAGACCUACAAGGCCGUCACCUGCGCUCUUAACACCGGAUACCGUCACCUCGACUGUGCCUGGUACUACCUGAACGAGGGUGAGGUUGGUGACGCCGUCAAGGACUUCCUCGCUGCCAACCCCUCCGUCAAGCGUGAGGACAUCUUCAUCUGCACCAAGGUCUGGAACCACCUCCACCGCCCCGAGGAUGUGCAGUGGUCCAUCGAGAGCUCCCUCAAGAAGCUCAAGGUCGACUACAUCGACCUCUUCCUUGUUCACUGGCCCAUUGCUGCCGAGAAGGAGACUCAGGAGAAGCCCAAGAUUGGCCCUGAUGGAAAGUACGUGAUCCUCAAGGAUCUCACUGAGAACCCGGAGCCCACCUGGAGGGCAAUGGAGAAGAUCUACAAGGAGAAAAAGGCCAAGGCGAUUGGUGUCUCCAACUGGACCAUCGAGGGUCUGGAGAAGCUUCUCAAGUACGCUGAGGUCAAGCCUCACGUUAACCAGAUCGAGAUCCACCCCUUCCUGCCCAACCAGGAGCUGGUCGACUACUGCUUCAAGCACGACAUCCUGCCCGAGGCCUACUCUCCCCUGGGCUCCCAGAACCAGGUGCCCACGACGGGUGAGAAGGUCAGCGAGAACCAGACGCUGAACGAGAUCGCCAAGAAGGGCGGCUACACCCUGGCGCAGGUGCUCAUCGCCUGGGGUCUGCGUCGUGGCUACGUGGUGCUCCCCAAGAGCUCCAACCCGGCUCGUAUCGAGUCCAACUUCAAGAGCAUCCAGCUGACGGAUGAGGAGUACGAGGCCGUCAACAAGGUGGCUGAGGGUCGUCACUUCCGCUUCGUCAACAUGAAGGACACCUUUGGCUACGACGUGUGGCCCGAGGAGACCGCCAAGAACCUUUCUGCUUAG